GGAACCUUUCUGAAAUAUGCCUUUGUCUGCUUUUGUGGCAUUCGGUGAGAUCAGCAAGUGUUGGCCGAGUGCUGAGCGUGGUUUCCUGUAGGGUUGUGUCAGGCGCCACAGGACAAUACCCAUUUGGGGGCACUGAGGUGUGCAGCCAUUUGUGACCCAGCAGUGGGGAAAAUGUGAGACAGUUUGCUACUGCUGCUGCAGGAGAGAGAAGUGCAGCUGUUCCUGCAGAGUCCCUUCCCCGCGGUGAACCCAGACGAAGGAACACGUCAAAAUGGAUGAUAAUCUGGAGACAAAAUCCAUUCUAGAAGAACUUCUUCUCAAAAGGUCACAGCAAAAGAAGAAAAUGUCUCCAAAUAAUUACAAAGAGCGACUUUUUGUUUUAACCAAAACAAGCCUUUCCUACUAUGAAUAUGAUAAAAUGAAAAGAGGCAGCAGAAAAGGAUUCAUUGAAAUUAAAAAGAUCAGAUGUGUGGAGAAAGUGAAUCUUGAGGAACAGACACCAGUGGAGAGACAAUAUCCAUUUCAGAUUGUCUAUAAGGAUGGGCUUCUCUAUGUCUAUGCAUCAAAUGAAGACAGCCGGAGGCAGUGGCUGAAAGCAUUACAGAAAGAGAUCAGGGGCAGCCCUCACCUGCUGAUCAAGUACCACAGUGGCUUCUUUGUGGACGGAAAGUACCUGUGCUGCCAGCAGACCUGCAAAGCGGCUCCAGGAUGCACCCUUUGGGAAGCAUAUACUGAUCUUCAUGUUGCAGUCAACGAAGAGAAAUUUAAAGUUCCUACCUUCCCAGACAGAGUGUUCAAGAUUCCUCGGGCAGUUCCCAUUCUCAAAAUGGAUGUGCCAUCUUCAAGUACCGCUCAAGCUCAGUAUGACAGCGAUUCAAGGAGAAACUACAGCUCCCAGCCUAAUGUCAACACAUGGUAUAUUCCCAAGGAAGACUACCCUGACUGGUGGCAAGUAAGAAAGCUGAAAAGCAGUGAUGACGCUGCAUGGAAUAACCAAGCAGAGAGAAGUGCUGCAAAUCACAGCAUCUCCAAGAUUUCAUGGGGAUUUCCUGAGUCAAGUUCAUCUGAGGAAGAGGGAAACCUGGCUGAGUAUGACUGGUUUGCAGGAGACAUGUCCAGGUCACAGGCUGAGCAGUUGCUGAGGGAAAAGGGAAUCGAAGGUGCAUUUAUGGUUCGAAAUUCCAGCCAGGCGGGAAUGUACACAGUGUCCUUGUUCAGUAAGGCUGUGAAUGAUAAAAAAGGAACUGUUAAACAUUACCACGUGCAUACCAAUGCUGAAAACAAAUUAUACCUCGCAGAAAACUAUUGUUUUGACUCCAUUCCAAAGCUCAUUCACUAUCAUCAACAUAAUUCAGCAGGCAUGAUUACAAGGCUCCGCCACCCUGUGUCAAGCAAGGCUAACAAGGUCCCGGUCUCCGUGGCCCUAGGAAGCGGAAUCUGGGAACUGAGAAGGGAAGAGAUCACCCUGUUGAAGGAGCUGGGAAGUGGCCAGUUUGGAGUGGUGCAACUGGGCAAGUGGAAGGGGCAGUACGAUGUUGCUGUGAAGAUGAUCAAAGAGGGCUCCAUGUCAGAAGACGAAUUCUUUCAGGAGGCCCAGACAAUGAUGAAGCUCAGCCAUCCCAAACUGGUUAAAUUCUAUGGGGUGUGUUCAAAGCAAUACCCCAUAUACAUAGUGACUGAGUACAUAACCAAUGGCUGCCUGCUUAAUUACCUGAAGAGUCAUGGCAAGGGACUUGAACCCUCCCGGCUCUUAGAAAUGUGCUACAAUGUCUGCGAAGGCAUGGCCUUCUUGGAGAGCCACCAGUUCAUCCACCGAGACCUGGCAGCGCGGAACUGCUUGGUGGACAGUGAGCUCUCCGUCAAAGUCUCGGACUUCGGAAUGACGCGGUAUGUCUUGGAUGACCAGUAUGUCAGUUCGGUGGGAACAAAGUUUCCGGUCAAGUGGUCAGCCCCAGAGGUGUUUCACUACUUCAAAUACAGCAGCAAGUCUGACGUGUGGGCAUUUGGGAUCCUGAUGUGGGAGGUGUUCAGCCUGGGGAAGCAGCCCUAUGACUUGUAUGACAACUCCCAGGUGGUUGUGAAGGUCUCCCAGGGCCACAGACUCUACCGGCCCCAACUGGCAUCAGACACCAUCUACCAGAUCAUGUACAACUGCUGGCAUGAGCUUCCAGAAAAGCGUCCCACAUUUCAACAACUCCUCAGUUCCAUUGAACCACUUCGGGAGAAAGACAAGCCUGGAAGAAGAAAUGCAGAGUGAACAUGAGAAUGAAUAGAAAUCUGGCCAACAUUCUUCUUCUUCUUAUAGAAA